AUGACUGACAGGGACAGGGAAAAGGGCGCACCGACUGCACAGGUAUCCCAAGAGUCCCAUGUAGUCGAAGAGAUAUUAGAUAUCCAGCCGUUCACUAACAACAAGCGUUUGACUAAUGAAUUCAAAUUGGAAGAGACCUGUUUGGGCGCCGGUAGUUUUGGUGUCGUCAUUAAAGGCACUAAUAAGAUCGAUGAAAAGCCGUACGCCAUUAAACUCAUUUAUUUCGUCGGCGCUGAGGACACCAAGGAAUGUCUGCACGAGGAGUUUAAACGCCGGUUGAAUGAGAUCCGGAUAUGGGCUAAAGUGGGCGGGAAUACAUGCGUGCAAUACCGGAGCUCUUGGCUGGAAAGCGAAGAUGAGUCCCGGAAACGGUUCGUGAACUACGCGUCCAAAAGCGGGGACUACGUGAAGAGCUUAUACGACGAGGUCCUCAACUUCAAGCACUUCGCUAUACUUCACAUACAAAUGGAUUCCUGUUUGUUUUCACUCAAAGAGGUUUUGCACAAAAUCCGCGACCAUUUCGAGACCGCAGGCAAACGGCAACUCCUGCCGCCCGAAGGCUACUAUAUCGCCGCUGAACUGCUCGUCGAGAUACUACAGGCGCUCCAUAACCUCCACUCACUUAAUAUCAUACACCGGGAUGUCAAGCCCAGCGAUGAGGACACCAAGGAAUGUCUGCACAAAGAGUUUAACAAACGGUUGAAAGAGAUCCGGAUAUUGGAGAAAGUGGGCGGCCAUACAUGCGUGCAAUACCGGAGCUCGUGGCUGGAAAGCGAAGAGGAGUCCCGGAAACGGUUCGUGAACUACCUGUCCAAAAGCGCGGACUACGUGAAGAACUUAUACGACGAGGUCCUCAACUUCAAGCACUUCGCUAUACUUCACAUACAAAUGGAUUUAUGUUUGUUUUCACUCAAAGAGGUUUUGCACAAAAUCCGCGACCAUUUCGAGACGGCAGGCAAACGGCAACUCCUGCCGCCCGUUGGCUACUAUAUCGCCGCUGAACUGCUCGUCGAGAUACUACAGGCGCUCCAUAACCUCCACUCACUUAAUAUCAUACACCGGGAUGUCAAGCCCAGUCAUAUACUGAUUAAGUAUGAGCCCGACCAGAGGUUCAUCCGGUUGGCCGGAUUUGGAUUGGCGGUUGAGCAUAAGUACAACGAACAGUCCCAUACGAAAUGUUCCGGAGCUGACCGGUAUAUGGCACCGGAAGUCAAGAAUAGCCGCAGAUAUAACCUGAAGGCAGAUAUCUAUAGUAUGGGUGUUGUUAUACAGGAGUUGUUUAACUUCGACAUCAAUACCAUUGAGAAAGCAAACAAUGGUUACCAGGUUAACUAUGGCAAACUGACCGAGAUCACCAACAAGUGUCUCAACGGCCUGUACACAUCCCGGCCCUCGUGUCAAGAGAUGCUUAAAUCGAGAGCUGAGUGGACUCUACCUUACAGUCAAAUCAAGGAUUUUAUUUACGAAAGCGUCAAAACUGCGGACAAACCCUUUGACCCCAACAAUGAAUUUAUUCAGUAUUUCCUACGAAUUAAUAUCACAUGGCUUAAAGAGAUUGCUCAGGGUCUCAAGUAUCUGCACACUCAUGAGCCACCGAUUAUGCACCGAGAUUUGAAACCGGAAAAUAUAUUCAUGGCUACUGUUAAGCCUAAUACUGUGCUGUUGAAGCUUGGUGAUUUUGGUCUGGCUAAAAUACAAGCUGUUGCCUCGCAAACUAAUACACGGAAAGUGGGAACACCUAUCUAUAUGGCACCGGAAGUGUGCGCCGAAGAGGACUAUAAGAAAUAUGACAUAAUGUGUGAUAUGUAUAGUCUCGGAAUGUUUAUCAAAGAGUUGUUUAACUUUGAUUACACUGAAGAGCAGCAAUCAACUCGUAUGGAAAAUGUGCAAGAAACAAAAGAAAAUGAUUUACACAUUGAAGAGGACGAGAAAAAAUCGCUGCAAUUACUGCAGGGCCUGGAUAACAAUUACAUCAUUAAAUACUAUGGCUCGUGGUUUAAAACAAACCAUAUAUUCAUUCAAAUGGAGUUAUGCGAGUGCACUCUAAGGCAGCUCAUUUUGAGCAAGGACAAACUAUUCGACCGCAUACUUAAUUCUGAGCCUGGUGACUUGGAAUUUUUUAUCAGUAUCACAUGGCUUAAAGAGAUUGUCCAGGGUCUCAUGUAUUUACACAAACAGGCAAAACCUCUAAUUCAUCGCGAUUUAAGACCAGAAAAUAUAUUCAUGGCUUCUUAUGACGCGGAUAGUAUUUGUUUGAAGCUUGGUGAUUUUGGAUUGGCUCGUAUACAGGACAUUGCGUCCAAGAGUAAUAGCCGGGGUGUGGGUUCGCCCCAGUAUUUGGCACCUGAGAUAUGCGCCGACGAAGACUAUAAGAAGUAUAACGUGUCGGCCGAUAUGUAUAGUCUGGGAAUGUUUAUCACGGAAUUGUUCAAGUUCGAUUAG